ACAAUAAAAAGACUACCAAGAUGCAAUCGUACAGUCCUGAACUUCCCGGCGGUAACAUUGAUGUUGACAUGAUCCUCAAGGACAUGCCUGUCGACAACCGUGCCACCAAGAUCUUCUGCACCCUCGGACCUGCCUGCUGGGAAGUCGAUCAAUUGGUCACCUUGAUCAAUGCCGGUCUUAACGUAGCCCGAUUCAACUUCUCCCACGGUGACCACGCUGGACACAAGGCAUGCCUGGAUCGUCUCCGUGAAGCCGCCGCCAAGUGCGGAAAGCCCGUCGGUAAGAAAAAUUCCCACGAUCUGUCGAAUUGGUUAUUGGUCGUAGAACGAAUGAAAACGGACGUCUGCGUUUUUUUCGUGGCGAAUCUCUUUUGUGAAUCGUCUGGACUUUUUUGCCUAUCCAAGCUACAGGCAACAUGAUUGAUGUUGUUCUUUCCUUUUGAUUUAAAUGUGGGAUUCGCUCACGCUUCAAUUUUAAAAUUCUUUGAUGUCUUGUUCAUGCCACGCCAGGUGUCUUGCUCGACACCAAGGGCCCUGAAAUCCGAACCGGUUUCUUUGCUGAAGGAAAGAAGAUUGAGCUCGUUCGUGGAGAGACUCUUGUCCUCACCUCUGACUACUCCUUCAAGGGAGACAACACCAAGCUUGCAUGCUCGUACUCUGAAUUGGCCACCUCCGUCGAUGUUGGGCAAUCCAUCUUGGUUGCCGACGGUUCUUUGGUCUUGAAGGUUUUGUCUUGCGAUGCCGAAAAGGGAGAAGUUGCAUGCGAAAUCAUGAACAACGCUUCCAUCGGUGAGCGCAAGAACAUGAACUUGCCUGGAGUUGUCGUUAACCUCCCCACCUUGACCGAGAAGGACAUCUCCGAUAUCCAGGAGUGGGGAAUCCCUAACGGAAUCGAUUACAUCGCCGCCUCCUUCGUGCGCAAGGCUUCCGAUGUCACCAAGAUCCGUGAAAUCCUCGGGCCUGAGAACCAAGGAAUCAAGAUCAUCUGCAAAAUCGAGAACCAAGAAGGUCUCGAAAACUAUGACGAAAUCCUUGAGGUCACCGACGGUAUCAUGGUUGCCCGUGGAGAUCUUGGUAUGGAAAUCCCUCCUGAGAAGGUUUUCUUGGCCCAGAAGAUGAUGAUCCGAAAGGCCAACAUUGUCGGAAAGCCCGUUGUCACCGCUACGCAGAUGCUCGAAUCCAUGAUCGGAAACCCUCGUCCUACCCGUGCCGAAUGUUCCGAUGUUGCCAACGCCGUUCUUGACGGAACCGAUGCCGUCAUGCUUUCCGGAGAGACCGCCAACGGUGACUACCCCGAGGCCGCCGUUUCCAUCAUGGCGGACACCUGCGUCGAAGCCGAAGCCGCCAUCAACAACAACACCCUUUACGCCGCCAUCCGCAACUCCACCCUCGAAAAGUUCGGAAAGCUUUCCACAUCGGAAUCUAUCGCCUCUUCGGCCGUAAAGACCGCGAUUGACAUUGAUGCGAAGGCCAUCAUUGUCUGCUCCGAAUCUGGAGCCACCGCUCAACAAAUCGCCAAGUUCCGUGCCGGACGCCCCGUCACUGUUCUCACUACCAGCGAACAAGUUGCCCGCCAAACAUUCGGAUACAUGAAGGGAUGCAAAGCCAUCGUCAUUCCUUCCGUCGAAGAAACUGAUGCCUCUGUCAAUUCUUGCAUUGCCGGAUUCAAGAGCGCUGGAAUCUGCAAAGAGGGAGAUGCCGUUGUCAUUGUCCACGGAAAGACCAAGAUUGUUGGAUCCACCAACACCAUGCGAAUCCAAUAUGCCUAAGAAGCUACUAACUGUCUCGCACCAGUUUCCACAUUCACCGUACAUACAGUAGACACACGCGAAGACGCGAAGGGUUACCAUCUUUACUUUUUUAUAUCAUUUUUACGAUCGUCAUCGAUUAAGAAAACUAUUUUCAACUA